UUUGUAUAUUCAAGAACGACAACUGUUAGUGACUGAAAAAUGACACCAACCAGAACUAUUUCUGAUCUUACUUAAACUUUUAUAAUUUCUAAUUAUUGUUAAUUCAAUAUAAUGGCGUCGCUAGAAUUGAGAGAUCUUAUAUGGGUUGGGAUAGUGGCAGUUGGGCAUGCGUUCCAGUUAGAACAAGCGGCGGCGAUAGUGGGGAGUCUUAGACGGAAGAAUGGGAUCCCCCCACCCACAAUGGACGGGCCACCGGAAUUCAUACGAGCACUGCGAGCCCAGCAAAACAACCUUGAAUUCAGCGUGACAUUUGAAAUAGCUCUCUGGACGUCGGGGGUAUUCUGCCAUCAGGCGCCAGCUGCCAUGUUGGGAGUACUCUAUCUAUAUGCCAGACAUAAAUACACCAAAGGCUACAUUGAGGAUGCACCCAAAAGGGUACCCCCAUUCUGGUUGAGUAUGUAUGCGCUACGGGGCUUAGCAGGGCUCAGUAUAGCGGGGCUUAUCCACGCGGGGCUGCGGGAGUACGCUGGGGUCAACCUGGUUACCAUGGCGAGGGAACGAAUCUUUUAAUUGUUAUAACUAAUAAAACGUGAUAAAAGUG